UUUUGUAAGUAACGUGUUUCUCAGGUGUGGCCGUUCACGUCUCAGGUAAGUUGGAUAAAUAGGCAACUUUAUUGUGAAAGGGUCUGUUAUCGCUUUUUAAAAACCAUUUAUAUUCAGUUAACGUAAACCACUGCGAUUUUGAGUUUUGCUACGUUUAUGACUCAGGUUCUAGAUACGUUUUUACACAUUUAAGGAAAACUCCAAACUUAUAAUGCCAGAAUAAAUCCCAGUGAAAGGACGCUCACUCAGCUGCGCAUUUGCAUGACUGAGACUCUUUAGCUUCAUUACAGCUAGCGAAUUAUUAUGUCCCAUUAAUAACAGCGCUGUAAGUAAGUUUGCAGAAUGUAUUCCACUGAGUUUGCGUGAACCUCUGAAGUCAGAACACCGCUGCACCUGCUGCUGCGUGAUGGCUGCAGAAGACUGGGAAAACUCCGCUUUACGACUGUUUGAUUUGCGCAUUAUUUCCACUAAAACGAUGACAACGUCGGGUUGUGAUUCGUAAUACCAAAUUUUGCUCGAGCUAUUCGACCUUUGUCCCGCUUUCCUAGUUUAUAUGCACAUUUAAAGAAAAGUAGUAAUAAGCAGUAAUAGAGGUAUUUAUUUGGUUUAAAAUACAUGCUAAAACUCUUAUUAUUUCACGGAAAGUUGUCAUGAUUCAACUAUUAUUGUGUUAAAUGUAUAAAUAUGUUGUUUGUUAGAUAAUAAAAGGAAACAAACAGCUGACCUAAUUAAGACAGUAACACCUCAUUAACAGCUAUUAGUUAGUGAUCAAGGCAAAGCGUUUAAAUCAUUACGAACUAAAAUUAACUAACCCUUAAACGGACUAACUAAUAGAGCAGGUGGCAGUUCUCCUGUGUGUGUCACAUACUUCUAGACCAUAUCCUGGUUUCAAACUGAAACGUGGGCUGAAAGCUCUGUUGAUGUGAGCGCGCAGCUCGCCUUUCUUUUCAAGUCUUUAUGGCGUAUACAACGCGGUCCAAAGUCCGUCAAAGUUUUGCUGAUAAGGGGAGCCAAUAAAAGCAGCAGUGUAAACACACGUCUGCCUCGGUCCAGAGUGGGCCUUAUUCCGUGGAUUUACAUAAAGGCCGCCAUCAGCCGGCCCACUCAUUACCAUGUUUUAUAUGCCCCUGCGCUCGGAAAGCAUCAUGGCAAAGCAGCUCCAUCCUCCCCUUCAACAGGGAAGUGAAGACGUUUCUCGGAGCAGGUGCCACUAGUGAGCUCACCACAACACUGGAGCAGCAGAGGAAUAAGGACACUUUCCUUUUGGCACUAAUUCCCCUUUAUCCACACUCAGCCGGCCUAUGGUGACUUUUUAAUGUUCUCUAAAAUGGUAUCCAAGCUGACAUCCCUGCAGCAGGAGCUCCUCAGCGCCCUGCUGGACUCAGGAGUUACCAAAGAUGUUUUGAUUCAGGCCCUGGAUGAUAUGGACCCGAGCCCGCCGGGCUUUGGAGUAAAACUGGAGAGUCUGCCCAUGUCUCCCGCUGCUCCUCCGAGCGGCAAGAUCAACGGGCCGGACACCGAUUCCAAAGUCUUCCACACGCUCACCAACGGCCACAGCAAGGGUAAGUUGUCCGGGGACGAGGGCUCCGAGGACGGCGACGACUACGACACCCCUCCGAUACUGAAGGAGCUCCAGUCGCUCAACACGGAGGAGGCCGUCGAGCAGAGGGCGGAGGUUGAGCGCAUGUUGGCUGAGGAUCCGUGGCGCGCUGCCCGCAUGAUCAAAGGUUACAUGCAGCAACACAACAUCCCACAACGGGAGGUGGUGGACAUCACGGGCCUGAACCAAUCUCACCUCUCACAGCACCUCAACAAAGGCACACCCAUGAAAACGCAAAAGCGAGCGGCCCUCUACACCUGGUAUGUCAGGAAGCAGCGGGAAAUUCUCAGACAGUUCAACCAAGCAGUGCAAGGUUCUGGCGGCAAUAUGGCAGACAAGGGCAACCAGGACCCGGCGUUCUUUUUCCCAGAGUUCAACCCUACAGGUCAGGGCAUGGGUCAGCCGGGCGAGGAGCUCAGCAGUGAACCCUCCUGCAAGAAAAUGAGACGCAACCGCUUCAAGUGGGGCCCUGCGUCCCAGCAAAUCCUGUACCAAGCCUACGAGCGACAAAAGAACCCCAGCAAGGAGGAGAGAGAGGCCUUGGUGGAGGAGUGCAACAGAGCGGAGUGUCUUCAGAGAGGCGUCUCCCCAUCGAAGGCUCAGGGCCUUGGCUCCAAUCUGGUAACCGAAGUGCGGGUCUACAACUGGUUUGCCAACCGGCGUAAGGAGGAAGCUUUCAGGCAGAAGCUGGCCAUGGACGCCAUCACGGCUCCGACCCACAGCAUCAACCCUCUGCUCUCGCACAGCUCGCCUCAUCAUCCCCAGACCAGCGCUUCACCUCCCAUGCGUUACAGCCAGGCCCCGGGUGAGGUCACCUCCUCCACGACCAUCAGUCACCACGGCAGCAACGCCAUGGCGACCAGCCAGUCGGUCCUCCAGCAGGUGUCUCCAGGAGGAAUGGACCACAGCCACAGUCUGCUGUCACCUGACGCCAAGAUGAUUUCCGGUUCGGGUGGAGGACUCCCCCCAGUUAGCACACUGACAAACAUCCACAGUUCCCACCACAGCCACCAGCAGACGCAGAACCUCAUCAUGCCUCUAUCUGGAGUCAUGGCCAUAGCACAGAGUCUAAACACGUCGCAGUCUCAGACGGUGCCUGUGAUCAACAGUGUGGCAGGAAGCCUCGCGGCGCUGCAGCCUGUGCCGUUCUCCCAGCAGCUCCACAGCCCCCACCAUCAGAGUCUGAUGCAGCAGUCCCCCAGUCACAUGAGCCAGCAGCCUUUCAUGGCGACCGUCACACAUUCGCACAUGUACCCUCACAAGCAGGAGCCUCCGCAAUACUCUCACCCUUCACGUUUCCCAUCAGCCAUGGUGGUCACAGACGCCAACAGCCUCAGCACCCUCAGCUCCAUGUCCACAAGCAAGACGGAUGCUCCUGUAAACAAGAUGGUGCAACUUGGGGGUCUCUCCUGGUGUCCUCUUCAAGCCUGGUGAGAGCGUCCACCUGACUUCCCCGGUGCCAAGCAACUGGAGCAAAUUUUUCCAUCCUCUUACGGCGGUAACCAUGACAACUCCUAAUACCCGGCAACGGUGCGCUGGAUGAUGAGUCAGUCAACAAAACAGGACAGGAGGAGGGACAACGGUGAGCAAGGCGUUAGAAAUGAGGACAAAGAAGGGCAGAAAAAACAAACUCACCGCACCUGAAGAGACUGGACUCCCCUCUGUUGUACACAUGCGAUCAACCAGGAUGCAUCAUUCUUAAGCAGUCCUUGAAAACAGUAUUCAGUUUUUCAUGCCCCAUUCAUAAGAAAAGAAAAAAACAAAGCGCAUUCAUCCUUCUGAUCAUUCCAUUCUCCCUUUUUUGUGUGUGACGUGAUGAAGGAACAAAACCCAGACAACAUGAACUGCUCAUGAACUCUAUAAAUCUGAGAGAGGAUUGGCGCAUGUACCAUACAACAUAUGAAAAUAUACAUGAGCCACUAUGCAGCCUCUGUGAAGGCUGACGGACUCAGGGGAGACGACUCACUCACAGGAGGUGCCCCAGACGCCUUUGUGUGCAAGCAGAACCCUUUGACAAUCGCAACAACUCGUGCUGAUCUAGUGCAUGAAGUUGACUUAAUGGGCUUUAAAGGAGUCUUCCAUGUUAUUAUCUCACACUCAGUUUACUGUACUGUUUUGAGUGCAGGUGGUGAAUCCUCGUCGCGAGGUGAGGGAUUCGUUUUGGGUUCAGCGUGUAUACUGUGAUCGAAAGAUUUUGACAAUCUUGAAAGGACUAUGCAACAUGUUUAUAACUGUUUGCGAUUGCUUCGCGUAACUGGAUUCUGCAUCGAACACUUGCGACUGGAAAUGAAAAUGCACAGCAAAGUCAUCAACAAUGAUAGAAUGCUAGGAUUGCUGUUUAUAAAGCUGCCUGUGAAAUGACACAAAAGCAGAUGGAUGGAUGUGUGUGUAGCGUAGGUACGACUUCUAUUUGUCACCACACCACGUCCCAAAAGCUAGCCUGCCAUAUCUACAAACCUAGUCUCACCUUGUGGGGGGAGAAAUGACUCACACUUUAAAAGUGGCCCUUCCCCUUCGUGGAAAACCUCUGAGUGUUGUUUGCACACAGAUUCAGGUGAAUUGCAGGAAUGGAACUCCCCCCCUUCCAGCCCUCCC